AUGGGUAACCAAAUGAGUGUGCCACAAAGAGUUGAAGAGCAGGAGAAUGAAUCAGAAGCCGACACUCACAUUCACAAGGUCACAUGGGAUGGGGACUGUGAUCAAAACGGCGUUGGAGUGAUCCUGUCUACUCACACAGUUCAGCACUACGAUGAAGUGGACUUGGGCAUCGGCAUUCGGGAGGACAAAGCGGCUGCCUCUCCCCGCGAGGCCCAGGAGGUGGACGCUGUGGCCGGGGCCGGCGGAAAGAAUCUCGGGCAGGCGGCCAAGCCCCAGGCACCAGCUGCUAAAUCGCGUUUUUUCUUGAUGCUCUCCCGGCCGGUACCAGGGCGUCCCGGGGACCAAGGCUGGGAUUCAUCGGCUGCAGCCGCCGGGCUGGAUGUCAGCGCGGGCCGGGCCCCCGCGGACAAAGGCCCGAGUGAGCACAUGGCACUUCCGGGGCCAGCUGUGCCCGGGCUCGGGGCAGAUAAAACCCCAGGGCAGCCCCCGGCCGGGGACCAGACCGCCCCUGCCACCUGCUCGCCGGCGCCACGCCCGCCCCAGCCCGAGGCCGGGGCCCCCGCCAAGCCCCUGGACGCCAGCGUCUUCCACAAGUUCUUCACACUGGACAAGGGAGGGGACACGGCGCCAGGCGGCCACCAAGGAGCAGCCAAGAGGGCAGAGCGCGGGGAGACGGCCGGGGAGACGGCCGGGCCACCAGGGCCCGCGGACAGCCGCCCUGCCACCGAGGAGACAGGGGACAGCAAGGAGACAGAAGGACGAGGAAUUGAAACGGUGAGUGGCUCUGGCCCUGGAAACCCUGGAGGCCUGGAGAUCCCCAAGGAGGACUGCCAGACAACGCAGACGGGCGAAAACAGCUCCAUCAUGAGUUUCUUUAAGACGCUGGUUUCACCUAACAAAGCUGAAACAAAAAAAGACCCGGAAGAUAAGGGUUCUGAAAUGCCACCCACCCCUACAGCCAACCUGAAAUCAGACAAAAGUAACAUCACAUCGCAGGAGCCCCAAGGGACAGCCAAGAGUCCUAAAGGCUGUAACGCCCCAGGUCACGGGCCAUCCGUGACAAGCAGUGACACACCAAAGGAAGGUGGCAAGGAGAAGCCGGGGCCCGGCUCGCUGCCUCUGGGAAAGCUAUUUUGGAAAAAGUCGGUUAAGGAGGAAUCAGUGUCCACAGGUGCAGAGGAGAACGUGGUGUGUGACUCAGCAGUAGAGACUGUAAGGUUUGAGAAAGUAGAGUGCACCUUGCAGACAGUGGACCUCACUGAAGGCGAGGCUGCGCCUGAACCCACACAAGUGAAGCUCCAAGAAGAAGAGAGCCAACCACGGAAGAGCUCCCUGAUGGCGUUUCUCAGACAAAUGUCAGUGAGAGGGGACGGAGGGACCACCCGCUCUGGAGAACCAGAUGGGAAAGACUCUGGCUACCACACUUCCAACUCCACAGAGAAGGCCACCACGCCCCCCGAGCCGGAGCCCACGGGGGCAGCCCAGCAGGGCAAAGAGGGGUCCUCGAAGGAGAAGAAGCCAGCGCCCGAGGGGAACAAGCCGAAGAGCGGCAAACAGGAGGCCAGAGAGCCUGCCCAGUGUGCCCAGCAGGCCAGGGUGGAUUCGAACUCACUGCAGAAUGGGGACAAGCCCCAGAAGAGACCCGAGAAGCGGCGGCAGUCCCUUGGAGGCUUCCUCAAGGGCCUGGGACCAAAGCGGAUGUUGGAUGCCCAAGUGCAGACGGACCCUGUAUCCAUCGGACCUGUGGGCAAAGCCAAGUAA